UGUCAGACCACAAUGACAAAACCUCAAAAUGUUAAUACUGAGAACUGUUUUCAGGACCAAACUAUUAGUAUCGGUAUGAGCUGAACUCGAGAUCUGUGCGGUGGUCAGCAAACAUUUUUCUUCUCUCGCACAACAACAGACGAACAAAGAAUUCAACAUUCAGUUGUGCUAUUUCUUUUUAUGAUCAUAUCGCUUGGGUAAGGGCUCACAAAUGUUGUUUCGGGUGGAAAGACCUUUUGACACAAAUCAAUGAUUACCCUGAAAUCUGUUUAGGAAGAGUAUAUUUUCAGUUUUGAAAAAUAAAUGGAGAGGAAAAGAUCUGUGGAAGAGGAAGACCAAGAAGGCUGUGGAUUAAGGAAAAGAUGGAAGGCUGAAUAUAAUGAACCUUCUGAUGAUGAAGACGAGAAGGAGGAGGAGGAUCAAAAAACUUGGAGGACAGAAGGAAAACAGCUUUUGCCUGUAAUCUGUGGAACCACAGAGGGCAUCCUUGAUUGUGAGAAGCUGGAACAAGGUAAGGCGUGUAUUGAGUAUGAAGGCAAAUGGUGUAAGCCCUCUAGGUUUGAGACACUUGCAGGGAAAGGAUCGUGUAAAAAAUGGAAAGCAACUAUUUUCUAUGAUGAUCAACCUCUGGAGUAUUGGAUUAAGAAACGUUACCUAAAAACUAAGGGAUACAGAAAAGGAAGAUCCAAGACUAGAACGGAAAUACAAUCAUCCAACUCUGAAGAAACUGAAGAUGAUAAUGCUGAAGAGAGGACAACAAAACAUACAAUUUCAACAGCAAUGAAACAUCUAUUCAGGGGGAAAGAACUAAGAAUUAUUCUCAAGAGAUGUUUUGAUGGAAGACAGGGAACAGGUGCUCGUCACUCCAAGUGGAUGGACCUUCCAGAAGAGUGCAGCAGCUCAGCAAAAGUUAACACAGCCACUGCAGCAGCGACGCUCAUUGCUCCCUCACACAUACAUGACCUAUCCAUCAAUGGGAGUGAUGGGGAAGGCAGUGAAGACCAGUUACCACAAAGCAGUGAAAGAAAAGAACAGGAAGCUUCCACAUCUUUGGGAAUAGUGAAUGAAACUGAAUCCAGUGUCUUCAGUUUGAUUGAAUCCAGUGCCUUAAACUCUGAUGCAAGGAUGGAGGACAGAGAAGACGGGCAUUUAACGCACUGUGGGAAUGAGAAAGAACAAAACAGAGAAGAUCCUCUUAAUAUGUCGAGGUCUGAAGUUAAUGGAAAUACCAGAGAUGUACCAAUACAAACUGUGCUGAAAGUGCUACUGACAGAAUUACAGCCUGCAGAAGAAACUGAGGGAGAUAUUGUUGAAGAUAAGGACCAGUUUCUAAGCAGAGGGGAGCUGGCAGUAAAAAAAGAGCAGAGAGCUGAAGAGAAGGUCGGGUCUGGACAUGAAAGCAAAGUUGUAAACUCAGAAGAUACUGGGAAUGAAGAAGAGGAAGAUGAAAUGGAAAUGGGAGGGAUGGAAUCUGAAGCUGUACCCACUGUUGCCUCUAACUACACUGACCAGUGUGUUAUUACAGUUUUUCUCGAUUGCUUAAACACUAUAACCAGGCCUCUAAACUAAAAUUUCAAAACCAUAAACGCUAUUGGUCAAAAAGCUCACCCAUUUCCCUGAACUAUAAACACUAUUCCCUGCUUUGACACAUGACUCAAAUUUGGUGAACUGGUACUGCAAAACUCUACACACAAAUCCCUACAUUUUACAGUGCUUACACCAUGUAGUCAUGUAGAAAGCACUAGCAUGCAAUAAUGUUAACUUAAGUCAGCAUAGCUUGAGCCCAAUUAGCACACAAUUAACCAGGUGGAAACACUAGGAGUCAAAAUUUAGCACACACCAAUCAGAACCUGCGAUGGAUAGAUAAAAGGGCCAAAGUCAGCUCAUUCAGGUUUGAAACAAUGGAUCCAAAGAGAUGCAAAGGAAGAGGACGUGGUGGAGAAAGAGGACGUGGUGAAAGAGGAGGACGUGGUGGAGAAAGAGGACGUGGUGAAAGAGGAGGAGGAGGUGGUGAAGGAGGUGGAGGUGGAGAACGACGGCGACAAGGAAGGGGAAGAGCAAGGGCACGAAGACAGUCAGUCUCGGAUGAAAUUCGAGCCACUUUAGUUGACCAUGUCCUUGUCCAUGGGAUGACUAUGAGGGAGGCUGGGCAACGAGUACAACCAAAUUUGAGUCGCUUCACUGUUGCCUCCAUCAUCAGAACCUUCAGGGAGGAAAACAGGACACAGAGACGACCACCUGGUGGAGGCAGGUUAAGGCUUUUGUCGGAGGAGCAAGAGAGGGAACUUGUAAACAUGGUAAUUGCAAAUAAUGUAAUCCGCCUGCAAGAGAUUCAAAGGAGAGUGAUUGAGGAUGAUCAUCUUUUUCGAGGCAUAAAUGCCAUCAGCCUCUCCACAAUUGACCGCAUCCUCCGAAAGAAUCAAUUCCGGAUGAAACAGGCAUACCGAGUCCCUUUCGAACGAAACUCUGACAGAGUGAAAAACCAACGUGUGGAAUAUGUUCAGAGAAUCUUUGAGAUUGAAGGACGGCCUGUUCCCCAUGAAAUGAUCUUUGUGGAUGAGGCAGGUUUUAACCUGACCAAAAGAAGGAAAAGGGGGAGGAACAUAAUUGGCCAUCGGGCUAUUGUAAAUGUCCCUGGUCAGCGUGGGGGGAAUGUCACUAUGUGCGCAGCCAUCAGCCAACGAGGGGUACUCCACCGCCAUGCCGUACUAGGACCCUAUAACACUAUGCUUCUCCUUGCUUUUCUUGAUGGUUUAAGACAACAUAUGUUCCAGCUGGACUACAGGGAACCAGCACAGCCAGAGCAGCCUCACUACGUUGUUGUGUGGGAUAACGUCAGCUUCCAUCGCGCUGCUCUGGUUCGUGACUGGUUUACCAAUAACCCAAGGUUUUCUAAUAUCUUUCUGCCUGCAUACUCCCCCUUUCUAAACCCGAUAGAGGAGUUAUUUUCGGCAUGGCGGUGGAAAGUGUAUGACCGAGAACCUUAUGUCCGUGUUCACCUCCUUCAGGCCAUGGAAGAGGCCUGCCUAGACAUAUCAGUAGAUGCAUGCCAGGGGUGGAUCAGGCAUGCAAGAGGAUUUUACCCCCGCUGCCUGGCUGGGGCCAAUAUAGCCUGUGAUGUGGAUGAGAUUCUCUGGCCUGACCCAGACCAAAGACAAGAUGCUGUGGUGGGAUAAUGUUUCUGGUGUGUGUUGUACUGUAUAGUACAUGAAUGACAAUGUGCCACUGUACAUACAUUGGUUGCGUCUUUUGUGUUUAUCAUGUGACAAGGGUUUUGAAGGGGAGAACCAUAAGCAACCUAAUUGUUUUGGAACUAUUGUUUUGAAUUAAUUGUACCAGUGUGCAAAA